CAAAGUUACAUAUCGCUAAAUAAGACGUGUUAAUGCGUCAUAGAAUGAAAACAUUGUCAACACCUCGGACUUUUCUGUAUUUGCGGCAGGGGUAUGGGUCUCGUGUGUGAGCAGAGGUACUAGCUUGAAUCCGCAAGCCUCCCAUUGGCACUACAUCAAAAAAAAAAAAUGCUGAGGUUACAUUUGGAAUAAAACACGGAAGCGAGCACUCCUGUUUUCCGACCACGGCUGCGGACGCUGCGCAUGCAUGUCCGUGUUUGAAUGUUUAUUUGCGUGUGUUGUAUAUGCCUAUGAGGUCUUCCCGAAGAUAGUUCAGUGCUUGCGUUUGCCUCCGAGUCUAUCCCGCUGCGGUAUGGCAGCGGCAGCACAAGGGCCGGAGGACCGUGGCCGGAGCAGCGGCGCGCCGGUAGUGCGAACAGGUGACUGGGAACCUGAGGAGGCCGAGGAGUUCACCUGCUCGGCCUACUGCUCCGAUCUCUCCCGGCGGCAGAACGAGCAGAGGAAGACGGGGCUGUUCUGCGACGCGACUCUGAUCUUCAGCUCCAUCGGGGUCUCUGGGGAGGAGAGGGUCCAAACCAUAAGCGCCCACCGCUCCGUUUUAUCCGCGGCGUCGCAGUACUUCAUGCUGCUGCUCGGCGGACAGUUUUCAGAGUCUGUGUCAGGGCGAGUGGAGCUGAAAGAAUGGAGCUCCACAACCGGACCAGACCCAGAAACAGUGGAGCGAGUCAUGCAGUUCAUGUACACAGGAGAGAUCAGGGUAACCAGCGCCAAUGUACAUGAAGUGUUGGAACUUGCUGACAGGUUCCUAUUGGCGCAGCUGAAGUCCUUCUGUGGAGAGUUUCUGAUUAAGAAUUUGAGCUUGUCCAACUGUGUGGCUGUGCACAGCCUCGCCCACAUGUACACCCUGGACCAGCUGGCCAACGGAGCUGCCAAGACCAUUAGGAGAAACUUCCACAAAGUUAUCCACAACGAGGAAUUCUACACUCUGCCAUUUCACCUGGUGCGGGACUGGCUGUCAGACUCAGAGAUCACUGUGGAUUCGGAACAGGAGUUGUUUGAGGCCAUCGUAAAAUGGGUGCACCAAAACACAGAGGAGCGAGAGAAGCAAUUUGAGGAGCUGUUCAAGCUUCUAAGGCUGCCUCAGAUUGCUCCUACCUACCUGACGCGGGUGGUGAGAAAGGAGCCCUUAGUGGCAAACAGUGCAGCUUGUCGGCAGCUGGUGUCUGAAGCCCUCGAGGCCCAUGCUGUUCGCCUUGAGAGCCUCAAGUCAGCUGACGUAGAGCCCUGUGCCUCCUACAGGGCAGCACUCCAGCCACGUUUUGGCCAGAACAUGGAUGUAAUCAUGGUAGUGGGUGGUGUUUCAGAAGGCGGAGACUACCUGAGUGAGUGUGUGGGCUACUUUGUUGCAGAGGACCGUUGGGUCAACCUGCCACACAUUCAUAACCAUCUUGACGGACAUGCCAUUGCAGCCACUGACAGCCAUGUUUAUGUGGCGGGCUCCAUGGAGCCGAGCUUUGCCAAGACGGUGGAACGCUACAACCCCAACCUCAACACAUGGGAGCAGGUCAGCAGCCUGACCACCCGCAAGCACUCUUUCGGCCUCACAUGUGUCAAAGACAUCCUCUACAGCAUCGGCGGUCAUGGCAACUUCAGUCCAGGCUUUAAGGAUGUUACUGUGUACGAGCCUGAGGAGGACGAGUGGCAAAAUCUUGACCCGGCACCAAAGAUACUACGAGAUGUGAAAACAGUGAGCAUUGAGGACCGCUACGUGUACGUGAUGGCCAGGACCCCCGUAGACUUGGACAGUGAGGAUGGACUGAGCACUGUGACCACUUGCUACGAUACAGAGAGUCAAAAGUGGCAGGAAGUGGACUCCUUACCGCUCAUCGAUAAUUACUGCAGUUUUCAAAUGGCCGUUGCAUCUACCAACUUCUACCACACAGCUUCCUGUUGCGCCAAGAGCUACAAAGUAACAGCUAAGGAUGCUCAGCAGAAAAUAAGCAGAAACAUCCCUGACGACCUCCUUGACAGCCUCCCUCCAGAGGUCCUCAGCAUGGAAGGCGCUGCUGUUUGCUACCUGGGUGAAGACGUAUUCAUCAUUGGUGGGUGGAGGAACAGCAACAACAUGGACAAGCAGUACCGCAAAGAGGCCUACCGUUUCUGUGCUGAGAGGAAGCGCUGGUUGCUGCUGCCACCCUUACCUCAGCCACGCUGUCGAGCCGCAGCCUGCCACGUUCGCAUCCCGUACCAGUACCUCCGCGGCUGCCAGCGCUACCCCAUGCCCCAGAACCUGGCUCACCAGCGAGAGCGCAUGCAACAGAUGCAGCAGCUCCAUCGGCGCACCCUCACCCUGCGCAGACAGCUGCAGUCUCAAAUCGAAUGCUGAGCUCGAAAGCCGCACAAAUGUGACAUUCUGCCUCGUCUAGCUAGCACUUCAUUUUUUAUAAAAAGGCCUUGCUGUUGCUGCAAAACUUUAAUUUUAUUUUUUGGCUUAGUUAAUGUGAAAUGUCUGCAUAGGUUCACGCAGGGAUGGUUUGCAGGAAAUAAUUAUUUAGGCUACUAAAUGAUCAAGUCUUACAUAAUCAUGUUGGCCUUAUGUUAUCUUAUGCCUUAUACUGCUAGUAAAUUAUACUGUGAUUGAUGUGGCAUUUUCUGAAGAGAUUGUUGAUGUCAUUGCUUAACAACUUAGCUUAGCUUUUUGUAUGUGGUCUGUGUUAACACCUAAAUGAUGUCAGCUUAUGUUGUGGUGCAAGUUAGAAUACAAGUAUGACAGUCACCAGUUACACUUUACUGUGAAAUCUGGUGUUGAGAUGUAAACCUAACAAAGUAAAUGAUGUCUACAUUUAUUGUGAAGUGUAAGUUAGAAGAAAAUUAUAUAUUAUCAGCGUGGAGAGAAUUAACUUAAUGUAACAACGAUCUAAGAAAAGAGGUAUCAGCUUUAACUUUUGACUCCUCUUGCUACUUGCAUCUACUUUCUCUUCUACCUCCAUUUUCCACCCUGGUUUUACCUUUUUGCACUGAAGGGAUUGAAAUAUUUAAAUGGUGAUCGGAUAAAGUGUGUACGUAGUGAAAUAGACAAUCAUUUAUCUGAAUUUAUUUAGCGAGAAUCAAGUAUUGAGCAAAGCAAAUAUUGGGAAAAUAAGCUCUAUUUCUGGUUGGUUUUAUGGAUUUAUUUGGUUUUGCUCUGCCUCUGUGCUUCUGGCAGAAUUUGCUCUGCUUCUUACUUUGUGAAUUAGAGCUCAUGUUUAGAUGCUGACAUUGCACUGUGGAAAGACCAUGAAAUGUGUGAAACGCAUUAAACAGGAGUCUGUUUUUGAGCUUUGUUCUCUCCAUGUUGCCACCUGUGCCAUAAAAUCCCAACUGCCCCUGAUUAAUACAGUUGAAUUAACUGUAUUUCCUGCACUAAAUGACUUUGAAUGUUAACUUGAACAUUGCACAGUGUUGCUUUUUUGACUACAAUCUUCAGACUCUAAAUGCAGUGUUGUGUGGACCAGUUGCUGCGCUCGGUGUAUUUCUCCAUUACUGUUAAAGUUGCGAGUACUAACCCCAGCCAAAUAGUUUAGAAAUAAUCUAAAAAGGCUUUGUGUGCCUAAUGUUUUCCCACUAACAUACUGUACAUAAUGUGAGCAGUGUUAAUUGACGAAUGAAAAUAAUUGGAUCAGUUUUAUGUGGAGGUUGUUAAAUUUUCGAGUAUUUGUUUUAAGCCAAUAUUCUCAUGUCAGUACUUUACAUGAGAAACCACAGGAUUACUGCAAAAUGUAACAGAGCAGACAUAGGCAGGUUUUAGUGAUUGGCUUUAGUAUAUCAGUAUCACAUUUGAGUUUGUGUUUGAAGAUUUCAUACAGCCACAUGUAAUGUUUUACAUAUUGUGUCAUUCCAUUUGUAUGUACAAGAGCUGCAAUUGUCCAAACAUUUGCAAUAAAUUAUAAAAUAUG